GCAGCAACAAGUGUUGAAUUGGGGCCCAACCUGGUUACCAAAUACAGGCCAGCGGAUGUCGCUGUAUUCAAUCAGUGGCUGUGUCUACCUGAUGAGGUGUGGCUAUCGAUUCUGUCUCUUCUCCCUCACAAUCACCUGUCCACAGUGGCUCAGGUCUGCCACCGCAUGCACCAGCUGGCCAACGAUCACACACUCUGGACGGUAGUGGAGAGGAGGAACGGGGCCCUGACAGAGCAGUGGCUGAGCUGGCUGGGGGUCCGAAGGCCUCACAGCGUGUCUCUGUACAGGUGUAGCAGCCCCUCCAUCAGCCCACGUGCUCUGGAGACCUUCUUCUCACUCUGUACGGAUUCCCUGGAGAAAUUCAAUGUGACAAGUUGCAUUGGGCCUGGACUCCAUGGCAACCUGUUGCUGCGUCUGAUUGGUCAGUCGUGUAAACGCUUAACCAAUCUAAACCUGAGCUGGAGUGGGGCAACGGAUGCAGGGCUUACGUCGCUAAUUGAGAACGCAACUGGGUUGAGAUUGGAAGUGGUUGUCCUGAAUGGCUGUCAGGUCACAAACGAAGCACUGAUAAACCUGGUCAAGACACACAGAGAGAGUCUGUCAACUUUGGAGGUAUUUGGCUGUCAUUUCCUAAGCUCCUCUUGUCUGGAGAAAGUUUACCGGCUGUGUCCGGGUCUCAGACACCUAAAUAUCGGUCAAGUGCCAAAGGUGAACACACGCUGUCUCACACUGAUGACAUCACAGCUCAAAUCUCUCCUCUCCCUCAACCUUACAGGGCUGCAGGCAGUGAGCGAUGGCCUUAUGGACCGCUUACUCCAGCAGUGUCCAGGCCUUCAGAGCCUCACCCUGGCCUCCUGUCCGGGGGUCUCUGACCUAACACUCAACAGCAUCUGCUCUCACACUCCAUACAUCAGAUCCCUAGAUGUGAGUGGUUGCAAAGCAGUCACAGAUGCAGGUGUCCAGUGUGUAGCUUUGUGCUGCAGGGGGCUGCAAAUGGUGGACCUCAGCUCCACUAGCACUGGAAACAGAGGGCUAGCUGUACUGGCAGACAGGUGUCAUGAACACCUCCAUACAGUCAAGCUCAGCUUCUGCCACAUCAGCCCAGAAAACAUUCUCCGUCUCUGUCGGCACUGCAAGAAGUUAAAGGUUCUUCAUCUGUAUGGCUGCGCUGAUAUCCCCUCUGAGAGAGAGAUCAGAGAAGUCCAUGAAAGUGUUAAAGUGGAUCCUCUGCCCUGACACACACUAGCACAACCACACAAUCACACACACACACAC